AUGCAAUCAGAGAGACAGCAACAAUCAUGGAGACUCCAUGUCACUGCCAAAGCUACCAACUUCAACUUCAGACUCAGAUUCGCCGCUGCAACUUUCAAACCCACUUGGAAUUUCUCCUUCUUCCGCCUCUCCAUUCUCCUCAAGCUUCCUAAAUUCGCCUUAACAUUCGCUUCACACCCCGCACAACCAGCACACGGACGAGGAUUCUUCACUACCAAAUUCAUGAAAAUUGUCCACAAACUUCGACCCAAAUUGCCCAAACAGAAGGAAUCGAAUAUUCCAUAUCUAAAGGACCCACUUCGUAUUGGCUUUUGGGUUAUGGGGAUUCUGGCAUUUGUGGCUCAAUUUAUCAGCAUGAAUGGUCAACAGGGGAUCUUGAUGCUUGGUGUGGGGUAUUUGUUGCUUCUGUUCUGGAAAAUGAAGAUAACAAAGCUUUUGAAUUUAGUAACAUUCUUCUUAGUGGUGGUGGGAACAAUAUUUUAUUACCUGGUUUUUAAUUUUGAUUGUAAUUAUAGUUAUUGGGAGUACAUGGGAAGGUCAUGGAAUAAAAUGGUUAAUUUCAAGUAA